AAAAUAGAAAGUUCACGUUAUUUCAUCAACAAAAAAAAAAGAAAAAAAAAAAGAAAAAACCUAAACACAGUGAGAGAGGGAAAAAACUACACGCAACCGUGGGAACAAACCGAAGCGCCGGAAUUUGGAGCUAAAAACGCACGGCGUCGGUCUUCUGUGUAGAGUGCGGAACUCAGGCGGUGUGUCUCAGUUUUGGAGGUUAUAGCGGCGGGGUCUUUUGCUCUGUUCCGCGGCAGCGUAGAAGUCGAGUUUGUUAUUCUCUUUCAAGAGAGUUUUACACUUACAAGGCGGUGCCAUGGUAAAGAACGACGGAGAAGAAGGGGGCGAACUUGCACAACCUCAUGCUCGACAUAUAAAGAAGAGAGCUCUCAAGAACAAAGCACUUUCUGUCUCUUUCAAUGAAAAAGACUUGAGGGACUAUGUAACUGGAUUUCACAAGAGGAAGAAGAAAAGGAGGAAGGAAGCAGAGAAGCAAAAAGAGGAAGCUAUGCGGCGGAUGCGCAUCGAAGCACGAAAAAAGAGAAAAUUAGAAAAGGAUCUCGUGCUAUAUGGUGGUGUUCUACCAGCUGACCGGGCAGUUGAUGAUCAGAAUGAUGAUCAAGAGGAUGAGGAAGAGGAGCCAUUAGCACCAUUUUCUGAGGCAAGAACGUAUGACAACGGAAAUGUCAAAGUAACUGUGACAACAAGUGAGGUAUCUCGGGAGGGCGAAAUUGAUCCAAUUGACAAGCCACAGACAGCAAUAGCUCAGUUGCUUGGAAAGGAUAAGAAGCAUAACCUGCCAAUUACCAAAAAGAAGCUAUUCAAGAAAGUAGCAAAACAGAGGUCAAGGCCAAAGCUUCGAAGUAAAAGAGACAAAAAGAAAGGAAGGAAAAAGAAAUAGAUAAUUAUACUAAGCUUCUUACUUACUAUUUGCUAAAUGUUCAAUGCGAUACGAUUUAUUUGUUUUCUAAUGAGAAUACGGAGUGAUCUUGAGCAUUGGGUGUCUUUGAGGGUUUUGUAUUAUUACAUUAUAAAAGCUUACCCGUUUUGCAAACUGAAAGUGCAAUUUUUCUUUUUA